GAUUGUUGUAAUCGCGUCAAACGUGGCUGGUGACGAUUAUCUGCCCUCGCUGUUCAGUGCGCAGAGCCUGCGCGCGCAUCCUUUGUUGGCGCUGUUAUCGUGUUAAAAGCGCGGCGACCAAGCUGUGUCGUGUCAUAUGUGUUUCUGCCAUGAGCUGCAAUAAACGGCUUUCGCAUAUCGGCGUCUUCAUUGUAACAUUGGCGACGAGGAUGGGAUGAAGCAGCACUGAAGCUAUGGCCACCACUUACGGCAAGCUGCCGGAGUUCUGCCCGGACUCGGGAAACAUCGACGUCUACCUAGAAAGGUUCGAACUAUUUGCGAAAGCAAAUGGAAUAGACGACGGAAAGAAGCUUGAAGUCUUCCUGACCAUAAUAGGAGAGAAGGCCUACGUGACACUGCGUAGCUUACUGCUGCCGAAAACGCCCACCGAAGUAAAGUACGAAGACGCCAAGAAGGUGCUGCAACAGCACUACGCCCUGAAGCGGUCUGUGGUCACUGAGCGAUACCACUUCUACAGGCGGAACCAGGAGUCAAAUGAAACCAUCGCACAGUUUCUUGUGGAAUUGAAGAGGCUCGCCGCGACAUGUUCUUUCGGAAAUUUCCUCCAAGAAGCGCUACGGGACCGCCUAAUUGCCGGACUACGGAGCGACACCAUCCGAUGCCGUCUUCUUGCCUUGCCCGACGACGAGGUCACCUGGGAACGGGUGUGCAAGGUAGCCACCGCCAUGGAGGCUGCACAGAAGGACACCCAGGACAUGCUGUGCGACAGCGCCGGGGCCAGCAACGCUCAACUGCACUGGCAAGGAAGCCAAGGGAAGCCUAACGCAACCAGCCAGGUACUAAAAAAAACUAUACGCAAAAAACUGCAGUAGAGUGUCAUAGGUGCGGUGGUCAGCACGCU